UAUUAUUUUGUGCUGAAUUAAAUGACCUUGUGACCCUGAUAAAUAAAUUCAUCUUCAGGAUAUCUUUUUUAUGUACGACCAACACGGAACUAAAUAAAAAUAGACAAAAAUAUACCAGCAACCCUGCUGAAAAGGAUUAUACAUUUGAAUGGGUUUCAUUACAAAUGCCAUUAUGAAGCAUACAUGUUUUGUUUCUUUAUUGGUUCCUAUCUGCCCUAUAACACCCCCACCAAUAUUACCAGCAGAGACCCACAGAGACCAUAAUGGCUACUAUUGAAACAAAUACAAAUAAAUCCAUUAUCAUUUCUGUGGUUUCUUUUCAGCAGAAAAGUACCAUAUUUUUAUUAGUAAUAGCAGAAGUAGAAGGAUUGGCACGCAGUGACCCUAAAAAUGUCAUUUGAAGGUACAAGGGAUGGAAAAACACUAAAAUCCAUCAUAACUUUAACAGAUGCCAGACGAAAUAAAAAAGUUAAGUUAAAUGUUUAGUUAAUUGUGUGACUUUAAUGGAUAAAAUAGGUUAUUUGUUCUUUUUGUGUAUUUUACCACUAGGAGGCGGUAUUGCAGGAUGUUUAUAUGAACUUGAUGCACCUUACAAAGAGAAAUGCAUGUGAGAUUUAUAUUUGUCUACGUCUUAUGAUUAGAAACAGGGCUGCCUGAAUUUGGAAAAGUGAUUUAAUUCUCAAUCGAUCAGACUGUUUAUGUUUUAUUGCAUUGAUAAUUUAUUUUAAUUGUACAGUAGCCUAAAAUGUCAAGCUGUUUUUUAAUCGUGCUUUGUAAAUAAAUGUAUUAAGUUUUUUGUCACGUUAAACUUCAAACUAAAACCAAUAAAAAAUAAACGUGUGCUACCAGUACAACAUAUCGCCAAUUAUAUAAAUUAGGUAUGUGAAUCUGAACUGACCUAAAAAAGCCAUCUCGUAGAAUUAGAGGACAGAUAAUGUAUUUUAUUUGUCACAUUGUUGUUUGUUAUAGGUUAUAAAUAGGCCAACAAAUAAAUGGCAUAACUUUUCUAAAAGACGUGUGUAAAUGACAAAUGAACGAUAUCCUCUAAAAAUAGUAAAAUUAGCCGCGCGUCAGUGAAUCGUAUGCGCGCAUCACGUAUUGCGCGCGCAGCUAUAGACUCGGGCCAUCCGCGCGCACUCUGAAAAGUUCAUGCAUAAAAGGCACACGGCAUGGUGGUGGGCGAAACCAACUGUACCAGUGUCGCGCAAAACUACAGAGAAACCAUGAAGUCCCUGAUGGCAGAGGAGCGCGCAAGAGAGACAGUGGCAAGUUUGGAAACCUCAAACAGCAUGAUGAUCUCCGAAGCCCUUUUCCCUCGGCUUUUCAAAAUCGCGCACGAGUCGGGAGAGAUGGCAACAGCUGCCGGUUUUAGUCCUGUAGGAAUGAAGCCUUCCAGCCUCCCGGUACUCCUGGAGAUGAUGGAGAUGCCAAACGGCACGCGUUGCGCGGAGCAGAUCCUAAGCUAUGGGGAGAUGGAGAAAGUGCUGAUCGGGGGUGUGCUGACCAUGCUCACUCUCUUCACCAUCUGCGGGAACCUUCUGGUGGUCAUCUCCGUAUGCUUUGUGAAAAAACUACGGCAACCCUCCAACUACCUGAUCGUGUCCCUUGCGCUCGCCGACCUCUCCGUUGCGCUCGCGGUGAUGCCGUUUGUCAGCAUCACCGACCUGAUAGGUGGCAGGUGGAUUUUUGGCAAGUUCUUCUGCAAUGUUUUUAUAGCCAUGGACGUGAUGUGUUGUACCGCGUCCAUCAUGACCCUAUGCGUUAUAAGUAUUGACCGGUACCUGGGCAUCACCAGACCCUUAACAUACCCAGUAAGGCAGAACGGGUGGUGUAUGGCCAAAAUGGUGCUUUCUGUGUGGUUACUUUCUGCGUCAAUCACCCUGCCGCCGCUCUUUGGCUGGGCACAAAAUGUGAAUGAUGACCGGGUGUGUCUGAUCAGCCAGGACUUCGGCUACACCAUUUACUCCACAGCCGUUGCUUUCUACAUCCCUAUGACCGUCAUGCUGGUCAUGUAUUACCGCAUCUACCGUGCCGCUAAGCUCAGCGCCGCCAAACACACCAUCACUGGCUUUCCUCGUGCUGAAGAGGAGGAGGAAGAGGAAGGGGGUGAUGGGACGGAAGAGCCCGUGGGUGUGAAUUGCGUAACAGUGGCGAUCAAGCUUCAGAGGGAAGUGGAAGAGUGUACACGGCUGUCACAAUUUCUGCGAGGUGUGGGCAAGAGGAGCUCAGAUCGGAGGAGCAUCUCCAUAUUCAAACGGGAACAGAAGGCAGCGGCGACGCUUGGAGUGGUGGUGGGAGCGUUUACUGUCUGUUGGCUGCCGUUUUUCCUCCUUUCUACGGCUCGGCCCUUCAUAUGUGGGACGCAGUGUAGUUGUGUACCCUUGUGGGUGGAGAGAACUCUGCUGUGGUUGGGUUAUGCCAACUCACUCAUUAACCCCUUCAUCUAUGCUUUCUUCAACCGGGACCUGCGCACCACCUACCGAAGCCUGCUCAGCUGCCGUUACCGCAAUAUUAACCGCAGGCUGUCAGCCGUCGGCAUGCACGAGGCCUUGCGGCUGGUGGAAAGACCAGAAGUGGUUGUCUCUGGGUGACCUAUAACGUGCACAUAACAAACAGAGAGUUUGAUGGUUAGCAUUUGCUCAAGGAGGUGGAAUAGGACUCGUGAUCCUAAAUGACUGUGUCAUGUUUGAAAGGUGUCACAUUGUACUGCAAGGCUACCUACGGACUGAAAGUGUGCAGAAUGAAAGACAGUGGUCAUGCAUUUCCAUUCGAAAUCAUCAUUGUGGACACAGCAUUUGUUGUUGGCUGCCAAAAGAUGGAAUGAGGAAAUCUGUUUGGAGAACGAUUAAAGCAAAGACGAAAAACUGAAAUGUAGAGAAACAAAAACUAUUUCAGCUUAGUUUUUACUUUAAAAGUAUUUGUUAAGUGGUAACACACUUGUUUGUCACCUGUUAACUCAGUAAGUGUAAUUCAUUUGUGACUCACUGUGUGCUGAGACUCUUUACAAAUAACACCUAAAGACAAUCCACAUCUGCUUUCCGCACCGUGCACAUGCUCACCCCCACCAAAAACCUGUGACUGCUGAUUGUUUUAUGCUUUCAUGCACAGUGCAUUGAAGCAUAGAUCUAAUGUCAGCUAAGCUCCAGUCUGCUUCUGUGGUAAAGCCUGAUAAGCCAGGUUGUAAUCUGAUCCCUGAUCAGUAAUUAAAGGUACACCAGUAAGACUCUGGUCUUUAUUCUGUAGGCAUUUAUCGUUUGAUUCGGCAUUAAUCCUAUGAAAAAGCUUGCAUGUCAGUACAAUUUGUUUCGAACACUAGUCACACAAUAAGCAAAAUGUUGUGAUAAGAAAUAAAGAUUGUGUUUAGAUUCCCUUUUAUAAAAUUGUUUCCAUCAAAAAUAUUGGCAAAUAUGUCAAAAUAAAGUGUAUAUGAUGUCUAGUUGUGUAAAUAUUUUAAGCACAUGCACUGUAAUGUACAGUACCCCUACACACCCUCACUAAUGCAUUUUUGUUGUUAUACCUCUUAAAUGUUAUUUCUUGUAUAUACAGUAUUUUCCAAUCUAAUUUGAAAUAAAGAAA